AUGGCGAGGACCACGACCAUGCGCGUGGCGACGGUGUGCAUGCUUCUGCUGCUGCUCGUCUCGACGGCCACGGCCACGGCGACGGAGAGCCCCCAGCGCCGGGACCUGGCGGAAGAGGGCACGAGCCCGUCGGCGGCGAGCCCGAGUGCCGACGGCGCCCCGGCCGACAAGGAACCCCCGGAAGGCCACCUCGGCUUCCGCGUCGUCACUGGCCUCAUCGAGAAGGCCACCGGCAAGAGCGCCCGUCUGGACCUGGAGCAAGAGGAGAACGUUCAUUAGCCAUUUUCGGUCCGUUUUGUUGUCGACAAGGAGCUGGCGGUGGAUUGCAGCCGUCAACAAGAAGAUGCGAUCGCGCAUUGUCUAUUGUCUGCAUGCUGUUUGACUGAAUAUCGUAAUGUACUUCUGCCAAAUGAUAAAGAUCUAGUCUGUCGCCGUAUAAAUAAAAUAAAUCCUCCUAGAUAGUCUCUGUUGUAAGCGCCCCUGAAAAGGAUCUGUUGUUUCCCUGUUGUUCACAAUAUUCCAAAGAGUGGUUUUCUCCAUUUCCGAGAAAACACUUUAGCUAUAUGUAAGUCUCCCGAUUU